CAACAGGGAACGAGUGACGACGACGUGCUAACGAGUUAGCCGGCUAGCUACUGCUAUCUAGUGUGUGCGCGGUGGAGGUGAUUUAUCUAUGAUAUAAAAUAAUAUUCCGGGAUAUAUUGAAUUUUAUUUUAGGUUAGCCAUCCAGGUAAUUUAAAUAUGCCCAGCAAAAAGAAGAAAUACAACGCCAGAUUCCCCCCGGCAAGGAUUAAGAAGAUUAUGCAGACAGAUGAAGAAAUAGGCAAAGUUGCUGCAGCAGUACCUGUUAUUAUUUCGAGAGCCCUGGAGCUUUUUUUGGAAUCAUUGCUUACAAAGGCCUGUCAAGUCACCCAGUCUAGGAAUGCAAAGACGAUGACAACAUCUCAUUUAAAGCAGUGUAUUGAGCUGGAGCAACAGUUUGAUUUUCUAAAAGACCUGGUGGCAGCGGUGCCGGACAUGCAGGGCGAGGGGGAAGAGAACCACAACGAGGGGGGAGGAGACAAAGUCCCACGAAGGGGUCGAAAACCAGGGUCGGGCCGCAAGAAUGGCGGGGCCGGCGCCAAAGGCAAGGACAAGAAGUUGUCUGGCACAGAGUCAGAGCAAGAGGAUGACUCUGAAGACAGCGAGACAGAUGGAGACGAGGACGGCUCUCAGUCAAGCACAAAUCUGCAGGCGGCAUCCAGGUUCCACAGCUCAAACGCACCGCCGCAGUACAUCCACAUGGGCAACAUGGUCUCAGUGGGCAGCAUGGCUCCAGCACAGCUACAGGGCGGCAUAGCCUUCGCUCCCCACCCCUCCAUGAUGAGCGCCGCACCGCCUCCCCCGGCCCCUGCGCCGCACAAAAACGAGGACGACGACGACGAAGACUAUGACUCUUAGCUCCCUCCUCCCUCCUCCUCCCCCACCACUCACACACACGCACACACACUCUUUCAACAUUAUUUUCCGAUUUCUUCAUUUGUUCUUGCGGCGGUCGCGCUGAGCAGAGGAGGGGAAGACUCUUCAUCGCAGCCCGCCCUCGACAGCAGGCUGUAAGAGACCCCGCCGCAGGAGACGCAAACCUGGUUGUGUAUCAUGUGUUUUAAUUUUUUUCUUCCUCUUUUUUUUUUUUUUUUUUUUUAAAAAAAGGUUUUAUUUUAUUGUAGAAGAAAAUCCAACGAGGAUGUUUUUUAACAAGUCAGUCGUUCUAUUUUGACUAUUAAAAAUGGCAGUCGUCGCUGUUUUCGCCAUGAGCCCCCGCAGACAGGAUAGGUGUGGUUUGUGUUGCCUUGUAGUAGCUUUUUUCUUUUGGCACUUUUCUUUCUUCCUCAAUCCUCGGUGGUAGACAUUACGAAGUGAACAAAUCAGUCGCUCGGACCCUCAGGUUGGCUGGAAAAAUUCUAUAAGUGGUAGUUAAAGUCUUAUUAUAGCUUGAUGCUCACGCAAAGGCAACUAGCGGAGAUGAGUUCAGGGCAAGAGUUUGUAAAGUAUUUGGAAGGAGGUCAGCACUUGCGGAAGGGAAAGGAGGUCAUUGUCUCACCCAUGAAGUGUUGUAUUACUCUGUUAUCGAUUGGCUAUGAAGUACUGCGGUUAAGAUGUGAGCUCUGCUUCCCGGCUUUGUCACGACUCGCUCGUCAGUCCAAUUGUCAGGCUGCAACAUAAACAAGGAAGCAGGUGUAUUUUUACUAUAGGUUAGCUAGCCACAGCUUUUUUGAAUUAGUUUCUAUUUUUAAUUCACGUUUUUAUCAAGAGAACUGUAAACCUCCACGACCGCAGCCCUGAUUCAACCAUAUCAGCAGGUUAAUGAUUUACGUUUGGUUCGUCUCUGUUCUCGACGCUGUCAGAGGUUAGUUGCUCUGGCAGCUGGACCUCGCGCAUUAUUUUAUACAACCAUUAAAUCCCCCUGAAAAACCAUCAGAAGUAUACUGUGACUCUUGGACCAUUGCUUUGUUUUUAAAGUUAUUUGUCUGCUUUGUCCUCUCUGAUUUCUAUUCUGGCCACCCCUCCAAUUUUGAGAAACGUUUCUCUUUACCUUCAACAUUUUUUUCCCCCUCUUUUAGCUUCUUUUAAAUGUAUCCAUUGAAAGCAGAGAUGCGGCUCCCAUUUAUGUGUCAGUCUCAGUAUGAAAUGUUUCCGAAUAGACAGUUGAAGUUGACACUGUAUUGAAAACUUUUAACAUUCUUUUUAUUUUGUAUGGGUGAAAUAAAGUUCAUAUUUCAAUUAAAAAAAAAAA